UGAUGUUACAUUCAUGUAUUUAACUAUUUUUUUAAAUGUAACUUUACAUAAAAAAAUCUACUUAAUGUUCCAUAAAAGUUUAUUUUAACAAUGUUUACAUAACACCAUUGUUUUCAGGUCGUCUGUUAAAAUUAAAUAGGUAAUGCAAGGAGAAACAACUUAAUUAAUAUUAUUACUGAGUAAGAACAUUAUCAGGUAUUUUCCAAUUGAAUAAACCCUCACAAACAUUUUGAAGUCCAUUUUAAAGCCAUACUUUUUUAUAAUUUCUAAUUGAGCUAUCUUUGGCAGAUGCAAUCAUAAAUGCUAAGCUACAUUGUUUUUUGUUGUGUGUUUUUUUGUGGAGGACAGACAAUUGCUAUAUGGUUUUAUGAGAAGACUAAUUAUACAACUUAAAAAAAUAAAAAAACAGAGAGACUAAUUCCAGGAAGUUAUGCAACGCUUAGGGACUGCCGUAAAACCCCAAAGAAGAAGAAAAAGAGCACCUGCGAGUCAGGUAGGUGCUGUGGUCUGGGUCCACUGACUCUGAGGCUCCACCUCCUGCUGAUGUUCAGCUCUCUCUGAGCGCCUCUCUCGUGCGCCUUUCAGACACUUUCAGUCGCGCAAUCAACCUGCCCGCACCACGGUUUCUUUCCUGGCGCCCAACUUGCGUCGUCUUCUUAACUUUACACCAUGAGUGUUGUGACCUCAGAGAACGUGUUUUUGUCCGCUAUACAGCCGAACACCUCCGUCACCACGUAUGGACUCCCGUCCGAGAUCCAGCUCGGGAACGGGGGCACCAUGUCGGACGAGAUGACCAGAGCGCGGCGCGUGAACCAGCAGGUCCAGAUGAGAAUGGCGGAGAAGUCCACACUUCCGCGUCAGAAUGGAUUGGCCUCGCAAUACGCCACGUCAGAAUACGGCGGUUCUUCUUCAGCUGUGAAAUAUCAAACCUAUAACCCAAACUACAGCUCUAAAUCCUCCUACAUGUACUCGGGCUCCAGAACAAUGGGUCCACCCGUAUCCCAGAGGGCAGGCUUCAGCAGCCAGUCUACUGGUCCAAAUAUGGCCCAGUUGCACAGGAUCAGUGUCGGGGGUGGCAAUGUUGUUGGAAGUGUUGGUGGUGGUGGUGGGGGUGGUUUUUACCGAGAAGACAUACGCAUGGGCGGCUACAAAGGGGCCGCCAGGCAACAGAGCCGAAUGGACCCAGAGAUCCUCUCCAUGCACGCAGUGCGGCAGCAUACAGCGCAGGUGAAUCCCUGGAUGAUGGAUGCCAGCGAUGCCGACAGUAUGGUCUCCGACCGUGACGCCACUUUCAACCGCCAGUAUGCUCAGAGCGCAGUCAACGGCUACGCUACCCAGAUAAGGCAAGGAGGAAGCACCAUGAACUUCCCGCCACCCAUGCACCGAUCUCUUAGUGGCACUCUUUCCCGCGGCGGAGGGAUGACGGGCGACGGCGGGAUGACGGGAGGAGAGGUGGAGUUCAACCAGCAACAUUCCUUCAAAGGCCCAGCCCACCGCACUAUCAGCAGGAUUACAAACCGAAACCGUACAAGCAUGGGCUCCAUUUCUGGGCAGCAGAUUAUGCCAAGUGUGAGCACCUAUGGUGGAGGGGGGGACAGAAUGGACGGAGGAGGGUUCAUCUUGUCCUCUGGUUCCCAGGCGAAUCUAAUGCAGCAGCGUAAGGGCAACAUGUCCCGGGCCAUGUCACUCAGAAGCGUGAAGAGUGUGGGCAGGGGCUACGACAUCUACGAUGGGCAGAUGGAGAUGGGAAACAGCAUGGGCAACCUUAGCGGGAUCACCUCCUUGGACAUGCCCACCGCAGUGCAAAACCUGAGAGAGCCCGACAAUGAGCUGCAGGUCCUGGGUGCCGCCUACAUUCAACAUGAGUGUUACAAUGACAGCGAGGCCAAAGACGCGGUGCGUCACUUGAAGGGCAUCGGUGAGCUGGUGAAGCUGUUCAACAGCGACAACCAGGAAGUGCAGCGUUAUGCCACUGGUGCCACACGCAACCUCAUCUAUGAGAACAUGGACAACAAGGUGGCCCUGAUCGAGGAGGGCGGCAUCCCACAGCUGGUCGAGGCACUCAAAGAUUCUGAUGACGAGCUCCACAAAAACAUCACUGGUAUCCUGUGGAACCUUUCAUCCAAAGACAACCUGAAGGAGAAACUGGCCAGGGAGACACUUCAUGAGCUGACUGACAAGGUCCUCAUCCCUCUGACAGGCAGUGGAGAAUCUGAGAGCAUCCAGCAGUCUGCCUCUGAGGCAGACAUCUUCUACAACACCACAGGAUGCCUCAGGAAUAUGAGCUCUGUGAAUGAAAAGACCCGUCAGCAGAUGAGAGAAACACAUGGACUGGUGGACUCUUUGGUGACCUACACCAAGGCCUCCCUUGAUGACAGCAAGACAGAAGACAAGGGGCUGGAAAAUUCAGUGUGUGUCUUGAGGAACCUCUCCUACCAGCUUUACAGUGAGAUGCCUCCAUCUGCUAUGAUGCGCCUGGAAGGACCAACCAGAGGUCAGGACUCAGGGAAGGGCGAAGCCAUUGGUUGCUAUACGCCUCAGAGCCGGAAAGCCAAAAAUAGAAAGAACCAGGAUCUCUCCACUUUCACCGAGGUUGCUCGGGUGCCAAAGGGCGUGGAGUGGCUGUGGCACCCACAGAUAGUGGGGGUGUACAAACGUGUGCUGCAUGAUUGUGAGAUCAACUCCACCACCCGCGAGGCAGCUGCCGGAGCGCUGCAGAACAUCACAGCUGGAGACAAGAGGUGGGCUUCUGUGCUGAGCCAGGUGGCUCUGGAGCAGGAGCGCAUACUGCCAGUGCUGCUGGACCUCCUGCGUACCAGCAAUGAUCUGGAGCUGCGUUCUCUCACAGGCCUCCUCCGAAAUCUGUCCCGCCAUGCCAAGGAUAAGAAUGACAUGGCUACAAAGGUGGUGAACAACCUGGUGACCAAGCUGCCUGAUGAUGGACACCAGAAGACGCCCUCCUGCGAAGUGACGGUCAACAUCUGUGGUGUUCUCAAUAACUUGGUGACCAGCAGCUCUUUAGCUGCCAGAGACAUCACCUACUUUGAUGGCCUGAAAAAACUGAGCGGCAUCAAGAACUCACAUGACAACAGCUCUGGGAAGAUAAGAGCGGCCAAAGCGGCAGCCACCGUUCUCAGCAACAUGUUCCAGUACAAGAAACUGCACAGAGACUACAAAGAGAAAGGGUUUACAAGACCAGAUUUUACGGAUAUGACGAUGUAAAACAAAAAUGAACGCCAUACAAGUUCACUUCUGUAACAGUGAUCAGGCCUGCACUCUAGCCGCCUGUGGGGUAAAUAGACUUUUUAUAUUGUUCAAAGAUAGCGUAGAUUCAGUUCUUAUCUGCCAUACUUUAUGAUGACAACCUGGACACACAAGUAAUGGAGGAUCUACGUGAUGGAAAAGGACUUCUUGUGUAUUUUUAACACUCGACGGACAGUUCAAGAAAUGUGGAUCUGGUACGCCGGACUAUUGAUGGACUCUGAUACAUGCAGAAUGUGUGCAACUUAACCAUUUACUCUUUUUGUUUGAACACUAUAUGUUUUAGUUUGGAAUCAGGGAUGUCUUGUCUGUCAGAGCAACAUUUAUUCAGAUGAAACUUUUUGUUUCUGCCAGUUGAGCAGCUGUUGAUGGACACUAUGGUGGACACUUGUGCCUUGUCUUCUCACUGUUGCACCUCAAUCAUAGCAGAAACACCAAAAAGUGUAUUUUUGUAAAUAUUGCUUCUUAUUUUACACAGAAAUCAAAUGUUUUAUAUAUUGCAUUUACGUGCUUUUGGACGGAGAAAUAUGUGUUUAUAAAUGAGUCAAAAUUAUAACAUAGUUAUAAUUGAAUGUAAAGCACAGGAUAUAUAUAUAAAUGUGGAUCUUUGAUUCAGAAAUCUGUUGAUAAUGAUUAUGCCUCUAAAGUCGACUUUUGUACUAGUUAUGUGCUUUUUAAACUUUUUUAAUCUUCUCAUACAAAAUGCUGAUGAAUAACAAUUGUAAUCGCUUUGUCAAACAAAAGUCCUGGAAUACCAUGAGUUCACCAGGGGUGAAAAAGAUCCUAACUUUGAUUUCAUGAUAGAUACAGUAUUUGUUCUGUAACUGAGGUCUUAUUGCUAGAUCUAUCGCUUCACAUUUAGACCCCAUUGAAAGAUUUUUAGAUUUUCAUUCUAUUUUAUGAAACUUGUAAGAAUUCAUACGAAUCUCUUAAUCUAUGAUUCAUAAUUAUUCCUGUCCUGAGGAAUAAAUGAUGACCUUGUGUUUCUGUGUGGCUUCUCACUGUUGUAUAUUUGCAGAUGCAUCAUCUGGAUAUUUUUCAGCUAAUAAAAGUUACAAAUUUGGAA